AAUUUGUUUCCCUGGGCAAGGUGCCUGGACAACAGGGCUCAGCCUUCCCCCUCCUUCUGUGUCCAAAGUCAGGACACCCUCCUACCACCUGUAGAAUAGAGGGAGCCGAUUUGAAAUCAAGUCCAGGUACCUGAGGUUCCUAGACAGAGCCGGACUUCAGCCCCUGUGUCCUGCGACUCCUGCUGGGGCUCUUCCAGGACAAGGGCACAGGAGCCGCUGCAUCAGCCCUUUCUUCUCCCUCAGAUGUCAUGGAGCUGGGUCUGUCUCCGUCUCAUCUCAGCAGCUCCCCGGAGGACCUGUACCCCGCCCCUGGGACCCCUCCUGGGACGCCCCCAUCUCCCGAUGUCCCUCUGUCUGGGGAGGUAAAGAGGUCCCAGCCUCUGCCCAUUCCGACCAGCAGGAAACUUCGAGAGGAGGAGCUGCGGUCAACCUCUCUACCCGCCAUCCCCAACCCCUUCCCCGAGCUCUGCAGCCCUCCUUCACAGACCCCCAUCCUUGGGGGGCCCUCCAGUGCAAGGGGGCUGCUCCCUCGAGACGUCAGCCGCCCCCACGUUAUAAAGGUGUACAGUGAAGACGGGGCCUGCCGCUCGGUGGAGGUGGCGGCGGGCGCCACGGCUCGCUACGUGUGCGAGAUGCUCGUGCAGCGGUCUCAUGCCCUGAGCGACGAGAACUGGGGGCUGGUGGAGUGCCACCCCCACCUAGCACUGGAGCGGGGCUUGGAGGACCAUGAGUCAGUGGUGGAAGUGCAGGCUGCCUGGCCCAUUGGCGGAGACAGCCGCUUUGUCUUCAGGAAAAACUUCGCCAAGUAUGAACUGUUCAAGAAUGCCCCACACUCCCUGUUCCCAGAGAAGAUGGUCUCCAGCUGUCUGGACGCCCACACGGGCUUGUCCCACGAAGACCUCAUCCAGAAUUUCCUGAAUGCAGGCAGUUUCCCAGAGAUCCAGGGCUUCCUGCAGCUACGGGGCUCAGGACGCAAGCUCUGGAAACGCUUCUUCUGCUUCCUACGCCGGUCUGGCCUCUAUUACUCCACCAAGGGCACCUCCAAGGAUCCGAGGCACCUGCAGUAUGUGGCCGAUGUGAACGAGUCCAAUGUGUACAUGGUGACCCAGGGCCGCAAGCUGUAUGGGAUGCCCACGGACUUCGGCUUCUGCAUCAAGCCAAACAAGCUUCGAAAUGGCCACAAGGGCCUUCGCAUCUUCUGCAGCGAGGACGAGCAGAGCCGUACCUGCUGGUUAGCUGCCUUCCGCCUCUUCAAGUAUGGGGUGCAGCUGUAUAAGAAUUACCAGCAGGCACAGUCCCGCCACCUGCGCCCAUCCUGUGCAGGUUCCCCACCCUUGAGGAGCGUCUCGGACAACACGCUGGUGGCCAUGGACUUCUCCGGCCACGCUGGUCGUGUCAUCGAGAACCCCCGGGAGGCUCUGAGUGCCGCCCUGGAGGAGGCCCAGGCCUGGAGGAAGAAGACGAACCACCGCCUCAGCCUGCCCACCCCAUCCUCAGGCACGAGCCUCAGUGCAGCCAUCCACCGCACCCAGCCUUGGUUCCACGGACGCAUUUCCCGCGAGGAGAGCCAGCGGCUCAUCGGGCAGCAGGGCCUGGUAGAUGGCCUGUUCCUGGUCCGAGAGAGUCAGCGGAACCCACAGGGCUUUGUCCUCUCUCUGUGCCACGUGCAGAAAGUCAAGCAUUACCUUAUCCUGCCAAGCGAGGAGGAGGGUCGCCUUUACUUCAGCAUGGACGAUGGCCAGACUCGCUUCACCGACCUGCUGCAGCUCGUGGAGUUCCACCAGCUGAACCGCGGCAUCCUGCCCUGCUUGCUGCGCCACUGCUGCACCCGUGUAGCCCUCUGAGCGCCAGGCAGGCGGGCCCGCACCUCAGCCACUCCAGGCCACCCGCCGCCGCCCCUCCGCAUGUGGGAUGGACCCGGAGCAUGAAGAAGGCAGGGACAGGAUCACGGUGAAGACCUAGGACCUGGGUGUUCUCUGCUCCUUGCCUCUUUCAGGCCGAAGUGCCCCCCCGCCCCCCGCCCCUCGCCUCAUCCCCCCUCGCCUUCUCCUUAAGGGAGGGCCCUGGGGCGGCCCUCUCCCCUUCACGGAGCUCCCGGGCACCACUCUGGGGUAGGGCAUUAUGGGAGAGAUGGGGGCAGCUCAGGUGGUCUUUAGGCCCCACACUUUGUACAGACCGAGAGGCCAGUUGAUCUUCUCUGUUUUAUACCAGUGACAAUAAAGAUUAUUUUUUGGUACA